CUGUGCUGCUAUCAACAGUUGACUGGAAUCCACACGAGAUCUGUUCUGUGAGCAUUGCAUACUCAGAUUAUCAAACCAUACGAGUUGAUUUGUUCUCAAUCAAAGCAAUUAAGUAAUUCAGGGAAAUUAUAAUUUGUGCAGGAGACAUUUUCUGACGCGAAUAAUCCACAUCAACUACUGUAUAUAAUUGUGCACCUGUCCAGUGUUCCAUCUAAACCAAUUUUACAUCAACAGAUAAUGUUUUUGGCUCGGGUGUUUUUUCGUUUACAUGGCUAUUUGCAACCCAUAUCGAAAACACAGGCUCCUUUGGUCUCCCGCCUCAUACGGACCCAGAAUGAAGUGAGGUAUUGGCAGUAUACUGCUGCUCCACAGUCGACGAGUUGUCACUGGCAACUUCAGGAAGAAUGCCUUGGUGAGUGUCUUGACAAUUGUUUUUUAUCUGCGCUUCCGUUUACCAAAGGCUAUGAUUAUUUGGCAUUUAAUUCGCUCUAGUUUCCGAUGUGUUUGUUAUUGAGGGGUCUUUUUGAAGAACGUUUUGUUAAUAAUGAAAACGAGAAUCCAUUUUUGAAUAAAGUCCUGAAGUGGUAUCGAUAUAUUGACGACAUUUUUUGUAUAUGGGAAGGAACUGAAGAAGAACUGUCAGAUUUUAUGGCACUACUCAAUGACAUUGACCCUAAUCUCAAAUUCACUAUUGAACGUGACACUCAACGUGUUCAUUAUCUCGAUAUGUGGAUUGAGAAAUCAAAUGGAACCCUGUUUACAACUCUGUAUAGAAAAGAAACGGACAGAAAUCCUAUUACAGGGUGACAGCUUCCACCCUGAGCCAUUAAAAAGAGGACUUCCAAGAAGCCAUUUUUUUAGACUGCGCCGUAUAUGCCACUCCACAGAGGAUUAUCUUGAAAAAGCAGCGGAGAUGCGCAUUAGGUUUCUAAUAAGAGGCUAUUCGUCACAAUGUGUGGAUGAAGCUCAUAAUUUGGCAUUGGAAAAAACACGAGAUGAACUGCUACAAAAAAGACCCGCUAAAGCCAAAGAACACUCCGUAAUGUUCACAACUACAUAUACUUUGAAUUCGCGAAAAGUGGGAAGUGUGGUCAAGAAACACUGGCAUAUUUUAUCAUCGGACCCAGCUUUGCCGGCUGAAUUUAAAUAUCUACCACGUAUUGUGUAAAGGAGAGGUCGCAAUUUACGCGAUAAAUUGGUUCAUGCCAACUGCCAGCCACAAAAGAAAAUUAGCCAAACUCUUUUACGCCCUCUACCAAAUGGUAACUAUAAAUGCAGAGGAUGCGCACAGUGCAACAAUAUGAUGAAAUGUGAAUAUUUCUGCCACCCACACACAGGAAAACGGUUCCAAAUAAAUGACAUUAUUAGUGUUCCACCACCCAUGUUAUUUACAUUAUUACAUGUCCAUGUGGGCUCUGUUAUGUCGAUAAAACCACCGCUCUCUCAAACAGAGAAUUAGUGAACAUAAAAGUUCAAUCAGGAGAAACGACAGGGAUUAUCCAGUCGCUGUACAUUUCAAUGACCUGAAGCAUGACAUUUCCACCUUUAGAUUUUGUGGCAUAGAGAAAGUUAAGAUAUCAGACAGGGGAGGAGAUAUUAAUAAUACUCUGAGUAAAAGAGAAUGUUUUUGGAUUUUCACCCUCCAGACCAUAUUUCCUAAAGGACUUAAUGAUGAAAUGCCUAUGUAUGUUAUGUUGUGAAUUUGAACAUGAAAUAUGUGUCUCUUGUAGAUUAUUCUGACGUUUUUCGUACGAUGUACCCAGUGACUAAUGAAAACUUACUAUGUCCUCAUUGAGAUUUUACAGACGUGUUCAAUACGCCUUAUAUAUACACUUUUGUAAUAUUUAUAUUAAUAUUCAUAUUGUUAUAUUUGGUAGCACUUAUUUGUUUUUCCUUUGCCUCCAACCCCCUUCGAUGUGUAGAAAGGAUGUGGGUGGGGCCAUGUCUACAUAAGGGCGCAAUUUUUUUGUUUAAUCAUUAAAGCUCUGACGAAGGCCGUGUGGCCGAUACGUAAGCUUAUUAAAUAUAAUACUAUCAAUAUAAUACUUGAUAGUAUCGGUGAUACUAUCAAGAGCAGUAUCCUUUUUCCUACAUCAACAGAUAAUGUCUUUGGCUCGGGUGUUUUUCCGUUUACAUGGCUAUUUGCAACCCAUUUCGAAAACACAGGCUCCUUUGGUCUCCCGCCUCAUACGGACCCAGAAUGAAGUGAGGUAUUGGCAGUAUACUGCUGCUCCACAGUCGACGAGUUGUCACUGGCAACUUCAGGAAGAAUGCCUUGAGCUCAGCUAUGGAGGACUUGUGAUGCACUUGGACUACGUGUGGCUACGGGAUCAUUGCCGCUCUGCCUCCUGCUACAACAGCAAGACCAACCAGAGGAACCUAGAUACAUCACAUGUGGAGCUGAACAUAUGUCCUGCCAACACCAGGGUGGAUGAUGAGAAUCUCUUCCUCACAUGGCCUGAUGGUCAUGUGACAAAGUACAACCUGAGUUGGCUGGCUCAGAACAGCUAUGAGGGACAGAAGCAGAGUGCCAUGCAGCCACGCAUCAUCUGGAACUCUGACAUCUAUGCCAAUGCCAAGGUGCCCUCUGCCAAUUGGGACAAGUUUAUGACCUGUGAUGAUGAACUGAAGAAGUUCCUCAGAAACUUUCUGCUGUAUGGCAUUGCUUUUGUGGAGGGUGUCCCACCAACUGUUGAGGCCACAGAGACGGUUACCCAGAGAGUCAGCCUCAUCAGGGAGACUAUGUAUGGCAAGAUGUGGAACUUCACUUCAGAUUUCUCCCGAGGAGACACUGCCUACACCAAACUGGCCCUGGACCGUCACACAGACACCUCAUACUUUCAGGAACCUUGUGGGAUCCAAGUGUUCCAUUGCCUUAAACACGAGGGAACGGGAGGAAGAACACUACUUGUGGAUGGAUUCUAUUCUGCAGACCAAGUGCUCCAGAAGACACCUGACAACUUUGAGCUGCUAGCACGGGUGCCUAUCAAGCAUGAGUACAUUGAAAAUGUCAGCGACCACCGCAACCACAUGAUAGGCAUUGGCCCUGUGCUCAACGUGUAUCCCUGGAACAAUGAGGUGUUCAUGAUCCGAUACAAUAACUACGACCGGGCAGUCAUAAACACUAUCCCCCAUGACGUUGUCAAGCGAUGGUAUGUGGCUCACAGAGAGUUGACCACAGAGAUGAGGAAGCCAGAGAAUGAGUUGUGGGUCAAACUGAAGCCUGGAAAGGUUCUCUUCAUUGAUAACUGGCGUGUCAUGCAUGGUCGGGAGUCCUUCACAGGCCUGCGGCAACUGUGUGGCUGCUACCUGACCAGAGACGACGCCUUGAACACUGCCCGCUCCCUGGGUCUGCAGGCCUGAGUGAAGAAGAGUCUUCAACACUUCCAGCCAAAAGCUCCAGUAUUUUGGAGAUAAAAGCUGUAGCCCUGCUUCUUCAGAAUACAAUAUUAUCAAAUCAAAAAAAAAAAAUCACAGGUGCCGAAUACAACAAGCCCUUAACCAUCAAUGCAGUUCAAGAAAUAGAGUUAAGAAAAUAUUUACUAAAUAAAGUAAAAAAAUGUAAUCAAAAAGUAACACAAGAUAUUUACAUAACAACAACGAGGCUAUGUACAGGGAGAACCGGUACCGGGUCAACGUGUGGGGGUACAGGUUAGUCGAGGUCAUUUGUAAAGUGACUCUGCAUAGAUAACUAACAGUGAGUAGCAGCAGUGUAAAAACAAAGGGGGGGUGGUGGUCAAUGUAAAUAGUCUGGGUGGCCAUUUGAUAAAUUGUUCAACAGUCUAUGGCUUGGGGGUAGAAGCUGUUAAGGAGCCUUUUGAUCCUAGACUUGGCGUUCCAGUACCGUUUGCCGUGCGGUAGCAUAGAGAACAGUCUAUGGGUGACUGGAGUCUUUGACUAUUUAAGUGUUUAAGUCAAGAACAUGGACUGUGAUCUGCAUUAUGCAUGCAUAUGCUCUUGUUAGAACAACAAUCAACUUUUGAACUGGAACUUAACAUAUUGAGGUGUUUAACAUAUUGGCUUUGUUUUAGGGAUUAGUUUCUAAUCUUAAAAUAUUUUAGUAUGUCUACAUCACUACAUAGCACUUUUACCAGACAUUUAAUUUUUGAUUCAUGUAUUUAGGAACUUUUGCCUUUCUCAAUACCUUUUUUCUUGAUUUGAUUGAAUAAUCAACCCUUAUCCCAGUCUGCUGUUCCCACAUGCUUCAAGAGGGCCACCAUUGUUCCUGUUCCCAAAAAGCCUAAGGUAACUGAGCUAAAUGACUACCACCCCGUAGCACUCACUUCUGUAAUCAUGAAGUGCUUUGAGAGACUAGUCAAGGACCAUAUCACCUCCACCCUACCUGACACCCUAGACCCACUCCAAUUUGCUUACCGCCCCAAUAGGUCCACAGACGACGCAAUCGCAACCACACUGCACACUGCCCUAACCCAUCUGGACAAGAGGAAUACGUAUGUGAGAAUGCUGUUCAUCGACUACAGCUCAGCAUUUAACACCAUAGUACCCUCCAAACUCGUCAUCAAUCUCGAGACCCUGUGUCUCGACCCCUCCCUGUGCAACUGGGUACUGGACUUCCUGACGGGCCGCCCCCAGGUGGUGAGGGUAGGUAACAACAUCUCCACCCCGCUGAACCUCAACACUGGGGCCCCACAAGGGUGCGUUCUCAGCCCUCUCCUGUACUCCCUGUUCACCCACGACUGCGUGACUAUGCACGCCUCCAACUCAAUCAUCAAGUUUGCAGAUGACACUACAGUGGUAGGCUUGAUUACCAACAACGACGAGACGGCCUACAGGGAGGAGGUGAGGGCCCUCGGAGUGUGGUGUCAGGAAAAUAACCUCACACUCAACGUCAACUAAACAAAGGAGUUGAUCGUGGACUUCAGGAAACAGCAGAGGGAGCACCCCCCUAUCCACAUUGACUGGACAGUAGUGGAGAGGGUAGUAAGGUUUAAGUUCCUCGGCGUACACAUCAUGGACAAACUGAAUUGGUCCACCCACACAGACAGAGUGGUGAAGAAGGCGCAGCAGCGCCUCUUCAACCUCAGGAGGCUGAAGAAAUUUGGCUUGUCACCAAAAGCACUCACAAACUUUUACAGAUGCACAAUCCUGUCGGGCUCUAUCACCGCCUGGUACGGCAACUGCUCCGCCCACAACCGUAAGGCUCUCCAGAGGGUAGUGAGGUCUGCACAACGCAUCACCGGGGGCAAACUACCUGCCCUCCAGGACACCUACACCACCCGAUGUCACAGGAAGGCCAUAAAGAUAAUCAAGGACAACAACCACCCGAGCCACUGCCUGUUCACCCCGCUAUCAUCCAGAAGGCAAGGUCAGUACAGGUGCAACAAAGCAGGGACCGAGAGACUGAAAAACAGCUUCUAUCUCAGGGCCAUCAGACUGUUAAACAGCCACCACUAACAUUGAGUGGCUGCUGCCAACAUACUGUAUCACUAGCCACUUUAAACAAUGCCACUUAAUAUAAUGUUUACAUACCCUACAUUACUCAACUCAUAUGUAUUUACUGUACUCGAUACCAUCUACUGCAUCUUGCCUUUGCCCUUCUGUACCAUCACUCAUUCAUAUAUUUUUAUGUACAUAUUCUUCAUCCCUUUACACUUGUGUGUUUAAGGUAGUUGUUGUGAAAUUGUUAGGUUAGAUUACUCGUUGGUUAUUACUGCAUUGUCGGAACUAGAAGCACAAGCAUUUCGCUACACUCGCAUUAACAUCUGCAAACCAUGUGUAUGUGACAAAUAAAAUUUGAUUUGAUUUCUA